AUGCAGUCUCUCAGAAAGAAGAAGUUAGCCAAAGAUGGUCCAAGACCUCGUGCCAAUGUGGCUGUAGCACGCAGCGACGCCCGGAAGUCUCGAGUGGACGAUAAGAUCAAGAAGCGCAUGUCAAUGCGUUACGCAGAGAUAUCGGGGCCGACUGACAUACCGGAUGUGCCUAGCGUCCCGCCUUUGCCUAUGCAGUUGAGACAAUUUGAAGAGGCGAAAGGUGUCGAGGAUAUACUUGGUUAUCGCCAAAGCGAUGUACCGUCGAGUGGUCAGAUAAUAGACUUGGCGAUAUUCCAGCAAUCGGAGUUCAAUCCGGACGCAUAUCUCAAAUCGGCACUUGCCACCUCGACAGAGGCGGAGCUACGGAAUAUGCAGUCUUCCUUGAGGGGGGCGAAGGGCAAUGCCUUCUCCGACAUGCAGCAGACCGUGUUUAAUAAUUACGAGGAGUUUGUCCACAUUUCAAAGGAAAUAAGUACGUUAGAGAACGACAUGCUCGAGUUGAAAGAGGGGCUAUCCGAAUGGAAAACCAUGCCAGCAUUGCUCAACAUUGAAGAUACGACGUUGUCGCGAAGGGCUAAUAGAUCAUCUGUGGCUGAUCUCGAAAAACUUUACGCUACCCAACUCUCGACUCUGCACAUGACCAUUGAGGGCUCUACCAAGUUUGUCCCGGCAAUCCCAGGACGGCAUAUCGUCUUGGAGGUUGAGAAUUCAUGGUCCCUCAACCCAGCCACUUAUAAGGUGGAAUAUGCUGUGCAUUUCGUACUGCUGGAUGAUUGCUUUCUUGUUGCGAAGCGGAGAAGAAAACGAUCGGGCGAGGGGGGAAAGCUUGUUGCCGAGCGUUGUUGGCCGUUACGCGACAUAUCCGUAGUCGACGUUAAAGAUUCUCCUGCGUUACUGAGGCUCGGUGGAGACGUCACUAGGGCAUUCAAGGUGCGAAAAGGAAAGGACUCCUUUGUUUACCGCUGUGAAAAAUCAUCGGAUAAGAGGGUGUUGCUGUCCACAUGCAAGACCACAUCGGAAGAGUUAGCGGCUCGCCGCCGCAAGGAGCGCGAAGGCGAACAGGAGCGUCGCAGAAGUCUGUGGACUGCUGGGGAGCGGGCGUCGAUGUACAAUGUGCUUGAGGUAGAUCAUAACGCUGGAGUCUCAUCAUUACCCGUCCUGUCGCGAUGCGAGAGAGGAUCAGCGGAACGAGCUGAAGUGGAGACCCAAGCAGUUGGUGACUUAACUGACGACUUAACGGUAGCUAUUGCUUUACGGCGGUGGGGAGAAGCGGUGGAGAUUGUCGAGCGAGGCCAAAAGAACCUCGCGGCAUUGCCCUCUUUGGCCCCCAAACUGACGUCACUCAUUCCCGCAUUGACUUCAGCUCUCUUACACUCACUCUCAGACCCCUCACUCAGUAAGUCAGCUGUCAUGGGUGUCACGUCUCUCCUUCUCCGUUUGAACGAAGGCAUUGCUGCUCGUAACGUGUUACUUUCCGCGCGCGGUUCGCUCAUCAAGAAACGCACCAGGAUGAUUGCAUUCGAGGGUGAAGUAUCCAGCUAUAUUGCUGAGCUCGCAUUUGUGGUCUUCACUAGCAUCAAGCACACGGCUAAUUGGUACUUGGCUAGUUUUGAGGAGAACGAGAUGGCAUCAACACUGAUCCAAUGGGCCAGAGAGCAGAUUGAAUGCUUUGCAACUAUGUUCAAGCGGCAAGUGAACGGUCCGCACAUUGGACAACAGGAUGUUGAUGCGUCAAUCUUGGCGAUGCUAGAUCAAAACAAGAAGAUUUUACAUGAUAAUGGAAUGGAUUUCGCGCAUCUCCUCAUGACUCUGAUAGAGCCGCUUGCUCUGUCAUCUUUGACGUCUGUACCCUUGCCAUCUCCUUCCAAUGCAUCAAUCCCUCCCCUUGGAUCUCCCCAGCCUCCAACGCUAAAUAUCUCGACGUCUCCACUCAAACUGUCCAACACCUCAGCGCGUGCACCGUCACCACUUCCGUCCCGCCUUACUGUCUCCGAAAAGUCAAAGAGCCGGAGCGUGACACCUGAUCCUUCCAUUCCUCCCCCCCCAGCGCGUUCCAGACCAUUAAGAGGCCCCGGUCCACGGGCCACGACGGGCCCAUCCACCCCGACGUGA